AAUUUUAAUAUUAAUCUAGAGGCACGUGGCUUUAACAUUUAUGAGAGUACAAUCCUGAUAUACUCUAGUUUGAUGGGGGUAUAUUUUCAUUGGUAAUCUCACAUCUCUCCGAAAAACUUCAGGAUACAUUUUGCAGCCAAUAGUUGAGUCUCUCUGAUACUGCAAGGAUGGGUAAUGAAUAAAAAAUCAAAGAGAAAAAGCAAUACUAGUCAGAGAGUAAAAUGCAUUGUAUCAAUCAAGCAGGAGCUUUUGUCGCUGCCACUCUCCCACAGUGAUAAGCAACUGGAAGAGAAAAUAAUUAUUUCACAGUAUUCAGUGAAUGAUCUAACAACAAGAUCAUUAGUGAGAAUUAGAUUUUUUAUGAAAUAAUUAAUAGAAAUACAGAGUGACAUAAUUGAUGCAGCUGGCAAAAGGACAUUAAUUUAAAGAUUUAAUUGACAAUAUAUUUUGUGACAAUUGAUUAAAUGGAGUUUUUCUAAUAAUUUCGUAGAAGCAAAAAAAAAUAAGAAAUAAAAAAAUAAACAUGUCAAAUUUAACCACAUCCGGAUACGACUUUGAAGAUUUCCUAGAAAGUAUUAAUUUAAAAGCUCUAAAUCUGAGUUACGAUACAAGCAUUCUUUUAGACAAUUUUCAAAGAAACUGCAGUGACUGGAAAGUUCCAUCAAGAAACCAAUCAUUUAGUGAUGAGCAAAUCAAGACCUUGGACCAACUCUACUAUGUGCUGUAUUUUGUUGUUAUUCCGGCAGUUUGCGUGUUUGGAUUUUUUGGAAACAUUCUUAAUGUGAUAGUAUUUUCGAAAAAGAAAAUGUGCAAGACUCUGGAUGAUAUAGAAUAUUGUACGACUAUUUUCCUCAUUGCUCUCGCCAUCUCCGACAUGAUGUUUUGUAUCUGUACGUUCCCGAAAGCCUUCGACAAUCGCACAAUCCAGGUGUAUAAAGUGACAAACUUCAUGGUGUACUACAAGAUGUACUCCAAUUUUGCUAUAAGUACCUUUAUACUAUCGAGUACACUACUAACAGUCCUCACAGCCGUCAUGAGGUACACUGCCAUUUGUCAUCCGUUCCAUUCCAGGCAAUUCAUUUCAUUUCGAAAAACAGUUGGUGCGAUUCUGGCACUAUUUUUCUUUAGUGUAGUGUUUAACUUGCCAUACAUCUGGCGGUUCAAGAUGAACAGAGCAGACUGCAAAUCUUCAACAGAGUAUGUACAUCUGGAUACCGGUGUUUUCUUCACGAAACCAAACUUUGUAUAUACUCAUAAACUUCUGUGGGCAAUAAUCGGGAACUUCAUACCGCUGAUAUUGUUGCUAUACUGCAACAUUCGUCUUGUUAAAGCUCUACAUGCGAGUCAGAAGCUUCGGUUGCUCCACAGUCGGGAUAACGCCGGAUGUCUUUCAGCACACCGGAGAAUAAACAUUACCCUCAUUGCUAUAAUCAUUCUGUUUUUCAUCCUUGUAGCGCCAUCAGAGAUAUCGAAAUUCAUUUACUUUUCUCAUUCCAACAAAGGCGCAAAACAAUCUUACGGAUACCUACUCGUGUCAAUGAUUACCAAUGCUCUUCAGUGUAUAAACUUUUCCGUAAAUUUUGUACUCUAUUAUGUUAUUAUUGCUCCAUUCAGAAAGACAAUUCACGAGUUUGUAUGUGUGUUUAUGUCACGGAGAGGAACAAGAGAUUCGACAAACAGCCCUAAACAAACAUGUAUUGUACUGACACACAAAGAACAAAGACGGGCUUUGAUAUAAAGACAACAUGAUAAGGAGAUAAUGUAUGCGUGGAAUAAAACGCUGGACAUGUUUGAUCGUAAUUUUGUCGUUUCUAAAUAUAUUUGCUUUGUAAUAUAUAAAUCAAUUUACAGUUUAAAUGAACUGAAAGAUAAUGUUUAUGCAUUAUACCUAUUGUUAUUUUCAAAAAUUGAAAAUCUUUGUCUCUUACGUUAUAAACCACAACAUUUUACAUUUUAGCCGACUUCUUUAGAACAAAACCUUUAAAUAAUGUAAGUUCUGGUAUCGGGCAAGUUUAAAAGAUUGGAAACAAAUGAAAAUAAUUCCAGGUGUCAUGCCUAGCUAUCAAAAAUUGGGAAAAGUCCCAAUCUCAUGAAAAGAAGUGGAAAAGUCUUUGAGAAUUUUUGGAUAAAAAUCAGCUAUUACGUUUGAUGCAUGAUUUUAACAUUUUAUAUAAUAUGG